AUGACAAUAAAUUUACUGGCUUUAUCCCAUCAACAUUCACACAGUCUUCAAUCAAUCAAUCUAAAUGGGAACAAGUUGAAAGGGACAGUACCCCCGACUCUAGUCAACUGUCAGCCUCUGCAGGGCAUUGACAUUGGCAAUAAUGAAAUACGAGGUGCGUUUCCCUUUUGGAUGGAAACACUCCCUGAACUUCGCAUCCUUGUCCUAAAGUCAAAUAAGUUCAAUGGUACUAUAAGCAUUGAGCAGUCGUUUCCAAAGUUGCAAGUUUUGGAUGUAUCGCAUAAUGCACUUGUUGGCUCUCUACCUGAUAGAUAUUUCAAGAACUUUCGAGGUAUGAUAGAUGCCAAGGAAAAUCAGACCUAUGACGAGGGCAAUAUGUUUCCAGAAUUUAUAGACUUGAAGGUCACAUUGAAAGGAUUGGAUCAGUUAUUGCAGCAACUAUUGGAUACCUUUACGACUAUCGACUUAUCCUCCAACAAAUUCUCUGGGAGCAUUCCACCUUCUCUAGGGAAUCUUAACUCUCUUAGAUACUUGAAUUUGUCUCACAAUAUCCUCACGGGACAUAUAACACCAUUGCUUGGAGGUAUGAGUUUGCUCGAGUCGAUGGACUUGUCUUCAAACAAACUGAAUGGAGAAAUUCCAGAAUUGUGUGGAGUUCCAUUGACAAAAAAAUGUGAUAGGGAGAUUGAGUGGGAAAAUGAGGAAGUGGAAUCAGAUAGGGAGAUUGAGUGGGAUUAUGUAUUUGCUGCUGCUGCUGGAUAUGUUGUGGGCUUAGGAAGCUUUUCGUGGCUGCUUUUAUUUUGCCGAAGUUUCAGGUAUAAAUACUUCGAGAAAGUUGAGGAUGUUUUCGAGAAGAUCUUUGAGUGUUGCCAGCGUCGGAAGAAAAGAGAUAGACGAAGAAGAGUUGCAAGGAAUCAGGUGAGAAGACAGUGUUAG